AUGUGUGAUAAUUUUAAACGUAGUUGUAAACCAACUUUAAUAGAGUUUUUUCAAGAUAAUUCCGCCGAUUUGAAACCAYUGGAUUUGUCGGUAAAGAGUUCUUUGACGUCGCGUCAUGUCAAGUCAAAAAAACCGUACAAAUUGUUUUGCGAAGUUUGCGCAAAGGGUUUUGAUAGACCGUCACUUUUGAAAAGGCACAUAAGAACCCACACAGGUGAACGUCCACACGCUUGCGCCGAAUGCGACAAAGCGUUCUCCACGUCCAGCGCGUUGAACACCCACAAGCGCAUACAUAGCGGCGAGCGGCCGCACGCGUGUCCAAUUUGCGGCAAAACGUUUACGGCCAGUUCGAACCUGUACUAUCACAGAAUGACACAUUCCAAAGUGAAACCACACAAGUGUAAUACGUGCGACAAGUCUUACCCAACACCGGGUAACUUACGCGCCCAUAUGUCAUCACACUCAGGCGAAUGGACAUAUCACUGUAAAACAUGUGGCAGAGGAUUUGGAAAAAAGAUCAAUGURGAAAGGCAUGCUAAGACAUGCCGUAGAUAA